CGCGACGAUUUGAGGUGACGAGGUAAGAUGGCUGGCACUGCGUCUGCUGCGCAUGUAGCACCUGUGGUUGAUACUUCUUCAGGUAGCGGAUACAUUGCAUCGAGCAGUUCGAUCCUGCCAUUCUUGCGGCUGCCUCGUGAGUUGCGCGAUCAGAUCUACAACCAUGCUCUUAGCAUCCCCGAUAAGCGCAGCGACCGCGCCCUCCGCAUCGAGCGCCGCAGCCUGAAACACUUCCGCCCCAGCGCCGCCGCCCUCCUCCUCAUCCUGCACCACGAGUACUUCCUCCUCAAUCGCCAAAUCGCCCUCGAGGCGCUCGAAGUCCUCUCCAAGCACCACACCGUCUUUCUUAGCUGCGGUCCCUUCGUUCUAAAGUCGCUGCUCGAAGCUGUUGAACAACAGCAUGGGUCCGGCAAACAAUGGCUCAAAUGGCUGAAAGCCAUCGAGCUCGACUGGGUCACAUUUCCAGAUCUGCGCAUGUACCCGCCAGACCGCACACACGGGCGCGACGAAUGGUGGUUCGAAGCCGCAGAAGAAAGGUAUGAUAGCGUGGAGGUGGAUGUCGACUACGUGCGCGGCGCAGCAUAUAAUGGGCACUAUGACGAGCACGAUCACACGGGCGGGUACUACGACGACAACUUCUAUGACCCGGCUGAUGCGUCGCUGUACCCUGCGUACGCGCACCCCGUCCCCGUUCUUCACCCAAACGCCGCAGCAGACGACAUUUUCGGGUUCGCGGACCACAACCCGUUCCAGAAUGCCGAAGAAACAUAUCAUCCGACACAAACAAGCAACACCGUCGAAGACCUGACCACGAAACUCGACCUGCUAGUCGACAUGGAAGUCACACCCCUCUUCGCCUACCUCUCCUCCCCCACCUUCCCAUCCCUAACAUCAAUAACCCUCCCCCUCUACUUCAUCUCCCGCGAAUCCUUCUUCCACCGGCGCCACAGCCGGCCGGGCUAUACACUACCCUUGAAAGUGCGGUACUGGGUGCACGUCACCGUGCACGCCUUCUCUCUGCUGCAUUCCUCAUCUACACUACAAGAAGUGCGGAUCAAAUAUAUGCCCUGGGAUAUCUGGGCGAGCAUGGACAGCUGCGAUGACCUGCACCGCAUUGUAGAGCGGGGAGUGUGGUUCAACGAUCCUGCAACGGAUGGCGAGGGCGGGGAGCGCGAGCACGAAGGCGAGGCGUUCCGGUGUGUGUGGGCGAUGCUGGUGGGAAAGGGAUUGUGCACAGGGAAAGGACGGACACGGAUGGGUCUCAGUUCUUCGAUCAGAUUUGUAAAGUGGGAUGGGGAGAUGGACAGCUACAGAGUGGGAGACGAGCUGGAAGUUGUGUUUGCAAGGGCAGCGAAAGAUUUACCGGCAGAGUCUGCGCUUUCCAAGUGAUACAGGCGAGCCAGACGUAAUCUACUUCAGUAGUGCCACAAGUCUGAAACUAUCGCAGUAUUUCUCAACAGGUAGUCAGACUACUAGCACCACGGAGGUAUCAAAGAAUCGUUAUGAAUUGCAACUAUGUCACCAUGGUAUACCUAUGAUUGCGCCAGCCGGACCAUGCUGCUGUGUCAACCACGCCAAAGAUCGUAACACACAUCCAAGCUUCCCCAAGGAUACAGAACCAAAACAACGUGAGAAGGAAUCGAAGAACAG